AUGUGGAGAUUGUUCAAUCAUCAUCCUCACUAUCGUGUAGGUUCGUCAGACGGUCUCCAGGAGAGCAGGAGUUUUUCACGUGAGGUCACCAAAUCAAAACUAAUUGAAAUGGAGUUUAUUAUUUUUUCCAUUUUGGGUUCUUUUUUUGUUGUUUGGGUGAUUUGGAAAUUGGCGCAAUACUACCUCCAAUUUGAAAGCAAUUAUCCCUCGUUCCAAGAAAUUUCAAAGGUUCAAGAGCCCUCUGUUGAAGCCAACAAAGCGGGUGAUGAGGCCGCUGAGACGAUGACGCCGAUAGAAGCGUCUGAAGCGGCCCCUUCUCAAGAAGACGUUAAGGAGGGUGUCGUGGGUCGCGUUUGUGAUUCAACCGAUUCUGAUGACUCAUUUCAAAUCGUUAACAGACCAACAGAAUUCGAUUUGAUGAAUGAGACGAAUCAGGAUCAUCAAACAAGGCUGAUUGUCGAUCAAUCUAAUCGAUCUUCAUUUUUGGCGAGAUUUACAGAAACAUUGCGAAGGAGAUCAUCAGCUGAAUCUUCAAGACCAAAAGACAAAAUCCAAUCAGAUCCAAGUGAAGGUCAGUCAGAAUCACAUGAGCCAUCUGGAGAUGGUGAACCCAAAGUAGUAGAAAGCAAUGAAGUGAAAGGGACUGAAGAGAAGGAGGUUGAUUUGAUAAGCGAAGAUCAGCAUAAUAAGAGUGAGAUCGCUGAAAAUGAAGGCCAGAAAAGUGAUGCUGAAAGUGAAGGCGAGAAUAAUAACAGUGAUGCUGAAAAUGAAGGCCAGAAUAAGAAGAGCGAGGUCGCUGAUAGUGAUGGUGAUGAGGAUUCGGAAACCCAGAAGAAACAUGCUGCGCAGAAAAAAAAGGAAUGGAUUAGAAAAAAGAUCAUAACGACAGCCGGAGAAGAUAAAAGAACAGAAAGACGGACAUUGAGGAAAAAAGAGAAAGAAAGAGAAGGAACGUCGUGCCAAGUGGAUGAUCUCCCAGUUUCGCGUUCAGAUGAUGACAAAGAGAGACAUCGUGAUGUGUCGGAGGACGAAUGGUCUGACGAUCCUGAUGAUGGCAAUCACGAGCUUGACUUGGAGCCUGAUAUUGAGAUGGCGAAAAAGUUAAAAGCAGAAGGGAACGAGGCGUUCAAGAAUGAAGAUUUUGUUAGCGCGAUUCGACUGUAUACAGCAUCAUUAUUGAAGUGUCCGAAUGAUGGCUCUGAUCAAUUAAUAUCUGUGUUGUUAUGCAACCGGGGUGCAUGUCAUUUAGCGCUGAAGAAUUACGAAAGUGUUUUAGCAGAUUGCAGCGAUUCAAUAGAAUUUAAUGAUCAGUAUGUAAAAGCGUAUUUGCGCCGGUUUCGUGCUAAUGAAGCGCUUGAAAAAUGGCACGACGCAUUAGCGGAUAUUAACAAAGCGAUUGAACUCGAUCCAUCGUUGCAAUGUCUGGUUUCGACAGCAAAAGCGUUUUAUGGUGGACGCAAAUGGGAUUCUUCAUCCAGAACAUGGAAAUCUGGAACUAAGAAAAUCACAACAGAUCGAGGAUUUGGAAGUCUAUUAGUUAAUCUUACACAACAGAUCGACCACUUCAAUCCUGCUGAUCUGCUCGAUUGUAUUCAUUCAUUAAGUGUGUAUUUUGCGCUAUUGGAUUUUCGAUGA